UGAAUCCUCAGGUUAACUUCAGACACUCACAACUCUGCAGACAUGCCGAGUCCUGCUGAAUCCAGCCCGCUGCUGUUUUAUGUAAAUGGCAGAAAGAUUCUUGAGAAAAAUGCUGAUCCAGAAGUUAUGCUUUUGCCUUAUCUUCGUAAAAAACUUCUUCUUACUGGAACAAAAUAUGGUUGUGGAGGAGGCGGAUGUGGAGCCUGCACUGUGAUGGUGUCUACAAUUAAUCCGGUUACCAAGAAUAUUUUCCAUUACUCGGCCAAUGCUUGCCUGCUUCCAAUAUGCGCCCUGCAUGGAGCUGCUAUCACCACCGUGGAAGGAAUUGGGAGCGCAACCAGUAGGCUGCACCCAGUACAGGAAAGGAUCGCAAAAGCUCAUGGCUCUCAGUGUGGUUUCUGUACUCCUGGGAUGGUGAUGUCUAUGUACAGUCUGAUAAGGAACCACCCUCAACCCACCAUGCAGCAGAUAAAUGAAGCACUGGGAGGUAAUCUGUGCCGCUGUACUGGAUAUCGACCAAUAGUGGACGGCUGCAGAACCUUCUGUAACAGAGAGGAUUGCUGUCAGCUGAAAGAGAAUGGAACAUGUUAUGUCGAUGGCGACACAAGCAAAAGUAAUGGAGAAAAUGGAGUCAACGGACUGAAUGAUGCCCAUGAUUCUGCCCAUGGAGAUGUUUGCACUGGACUGUUUAAAGAAGACAACUUUUUGCCUCUUGAUCCGACACAAGAACUGAUCUUUCCACCCGAACUACUAUUAAUGGACAAUGAAAACAAGAGUGAGCUGAUAUUCCGAGGAGAGCGCAUUACCUGCUUCUCACCAGCCAGUCUGCAGGAGCUACUACACUUAAAAGUACUACACCCAAAAGCUCCACUUGUGGUGGGGAACACUGCAGUAGGGCCAGAAAUGAAAUUUCGAGGGGUGUUUCAUCCAGUAAUUAUCUUCCCUGCAAGAAUUGUGGAACUCCACCUUGUGACUGAGAGUGAUACAGGAAUAACAUUCGGAGCAGCCUGCAGUCUUACAGUACUGAAAGACACACUAAAUAAUGUUGUUUCACGCUUGCCAGAGGAGAAGACCAAGCUUUACCGGACCCUCUUACAGCAGCUCUCAACUCUGGCUGGUGCCCAGAUUAGGAACACAGCUUCUUUAGGAGGAAAUAUCAUUAGCCGCUUGACAACAUCUGAUCUAAACCCAGUUCUGGCUGCAGGAGGCUGCGUGCUAACCCUAGCAUCCAAAGAUGGCACCAGGCAAGUUCCUUUAGAUGAGUCUUUUUUUGCGGUGUCAGGACCCUCUUUCCCAAAACCUGAAGAAAUAUUGGUGUCUGUGCAUAUACCAUAUUCUAGGAAAGGUGAUCAUGUGUUGGCCAUUAGACAAGCCCAGCGUCGACAAAAUGCUUUGCCGAUUGUCAUUGCUGGAAUGAAGGUUCAGUUUGAAGAAGACACAGACAUUAUUAAAACUCUCCGUCUAUUCUAUGGAGGACUGGGAGCAACAACUGUGUGCGCAAAGACAACCAGUCAACAGCUGGUUGGAAAGCACUGGAAUGAGGAUAUGUUGAGUGAAGCCUGCAAGCUUAUUUUGGAUGAGAUUCAGCUAAAUCCGUCUGCUCCUGGUGGGAUGGUUGACUAUAAGAGAACGUUAACAAUCAGCUUCCUUUUUAAGUUUUACCUGGAGGUGCUGCAAGCGCUGAACCGGCUGGACCCUAAUAAUCCAGACAUUAGUGCUCUCAGGAAAUUUGAUCUGACACAAUCGAAACACAUGCAGACUUACCAGAAUGUACCUGAAGAUCAGCCUGAUCGUGACCCUGUCGGACGACCAGUAGUGCACAGAUCUGGGAUCAAACAAGCCACUGGAGAAGCCAUUUACACAGAUGACAUGCCCCCUGUGGAUGGGGAGUUGUAUGUGAAAUUUGUCACCAGCUCCAGAGCUCAUGCAAAAAUUGUAUCUAUGGACCUUGCAGAGGCUCUAGCCCAGCCAGGUGUAGUUGAUAUUAUAACAGCAGAUGAUUUUCCCGGCACCAGUGAGUGUACACUGGAUGAUGGAACAGUUCCAAUAUUGGCAUGUGGAAAGGUACUGUGUGUGGGUCAGAUAAUUUGUGCAGUAUUGGCUAGCUCACCGGAUCAAGCAAAGAAAGCGGCCGCCAAAGUCAAUAUUGUUUAUGAGAAUUUGGAACCGGUUAUUCUGACAAUUGAGGAGGCCAUUAAUAGCAAUUCAUUCUAUGAACCACAAAGACAACUAGAGGUCGGAAAUAUAGAAGAAGCCUUUCAAACAGCUGAUCAGGUGCAUGAAGGUGAAAUCUAUAUAGGUGGUCAGGAACAUUUCUACAUGGAGACUCAAAGUAUCCGAGCUGUCCCCAAAGGAGAAGAUGGAGAAAUGGAUGUGUAUUUGGCUACCCAAGAUCCAACUCACACACAGGGCCUUAUAUGUACAGUGUUGAACAUACCUGCCAACAGAAUUGCAUGUCACGUGAAGAGAGUUGGAGGGGCUUUUGGGGGAAAAGUUACAAAAACUGGAUAUCUUGCAGCAAUCACUGCAGUUGCUGCCCACAAGACAAAGCGUGCAGUUCGCUGUAUUCUGGAACGUGGAGAUGACAUGUUAAUUACAGGAGGACGACACCCUUAUCUUGGGAAAUAUAAAGUUGGUUUCAUGAACGAUGGUCGUAUAGCUGCUCUGGAUGUUUCUUAUUUUAAUAACGCUGGAUCAACUUCAGAUGAUUCUGUUAUUGUGGUAGAGGUUGGUUUGAUGACCAUGGACAGCGGCUACAAGAUCCCCAAUUUGAAAUGCAAGGGAACUGCCUGCAAGACUAACCUACCAUCAAACACUGCCUUCCGGGGAUUCGGGUAUCCACAAGCUGCCUUUGUAACUGAAACCUGGAUGAGUGAAAUUGCUAUUAAAACUGGGCUCCCACCUGAGAAAGUCAGGGAGAUAAAUCUGCAUAGGGGAAUUGGUGUGAACCAUUUAAAACAGGAGAUAGAUGCCAGGACUUUGAUUAUGUGCUGGAAUGAGUGCAUGGAGAAGUCUUCUUACCACAACAGAAGGUUGGCUAUUGAUGAAUUUAAUAGCCAGAACUACUGGAAGAAGAAGGGGUUGGCCAUUAUACCUAUGAAAUUUCCCAUUGGAUCCCCUGCGAAAUUUUUUGGACAGGCGGCUGCUCUUGUCCAUGUCUACUUGGAUGGAUCGGUCUUGAUCAGUCAUGGUGGUGUAGAGAUGGGACAAGGUGUCCACACAAAGAUUUCACAGAUUGCAAGUCGCGAACUUCAAAUCCCGUUAUCAAAUGUGCAUGUAGUUGAAACCAACACAGCUUCUGUCCCCAACACAUUAGUGUCUGGGGGAUCUCUAGGGACCGAUGUCAAUGGCAUGGCAGUAAAGAGUGCAUGCCAAAAACUCAUGCAACGACUGGAGCCCAUUAAAGAGGCAAACCCUAAAGGUUCAUGGAAGGACUGGGUGAAUGAAGCAUUUAUGCAGUCAAUAAGUCUCUCUGCGACAGGCUAUUUCAGGGGAUUUGACAGUGAAAUGAAUUGGGAAAAAGGAGAGGGUAACCCAGCUCAAUACUUUGUAUAUGGAGUUGCUUGUUCUGAGGUCGAAAUAGAUUGCCUGACCGGAGAUCACAAGAAUCUCCGCACAGAUAUGGUUAUGGAUGUUGGAUGCAGUAUUAACCCAGCUGUGGACAUAGGACAGAUUGAAGGUGCUUUUGUUCAAGGGCUUGGACUUUUCACAAUUGAAGAACUUAAGUUCUCUCCUCAAGGCAUACUGUACAGUCGAGGUCCGGCUCAGUAUAAGAUUCCAACUGUUUAUGAUGUCCCAGAACAGUUCUACGUUUCCUUGCUCACCAAUGUUCCAAACCCUCGUGCCAUAUACUCUUCUAAGGGUGUUGGAGAACCAUCGUUGUUCUUGGGUUCAUCUAUAUAUUUUGCUAUAAAAGAUGCUAUAGCAUACGCUCGAAAAGAGAGAGGGCUGUCCGAGCUCUUCACUAUGAACAGUCCAGCUACCCCAGAGAAGAUAAGAAUGGCUUGUGGAGAUCGGUUCACCAAUAUGAUUCCAAGAGAUGCGCCUGGCACCUAUGUCCCUUGGGCCAUCAACGUAUGAAGAGAUAUACUGCUACACAAUACAUGUUUUUCUCAGUUUUAUAAUUUUUAUGGUUUAGUGAUGUAUCGUUUUUCUUUCGAUUAUGAGAACUUUCUCUUGCUUGUCAAUUUGAUUUCAUGGAAAGAUCACUUGAUUCUAUAUGGUGUAUUAACAGAUUAUCCUAAUAGGCUAUGGUCUUUGGGUGGAUAAAUAGGAAGAAGGGAAAAAAUUAUUACUGAAACAUAAUUCCAGCUUAAAAUAUUUUAGAAGCAACUGGAAAUGUUAACGUUCUAUUUGCGGAGCGCAGCCCCGAUCUUUCGGUCCCCGGCUCCGGAAAAAAAUAGAACAUGUUCUAUGGGGGUGCCAGACGGGUGUAUUGCGGAUCCGCAAUACACUACGGACGAGUAAAUAGACUCUUAAAGGUUAAUGAGCUGCUGCAAAAAUACAGAUUAUAUGUGAUACACAAAUAUGUUCAACCUUGGCAUUCUGUAAGGUGCCCUGACACAUCAAAUUAUUUUAAGAAAAAUCUUAAGGUGUGUGGCCCUAAUGCAUUUUGUAAAGAGUAAGGGGGUGAUUUAUCAAACUGGUGUAAAGUAGAACUGUCUCAGUUGCCCAUAGCAUCAGAUUCCACCUUUCAUUUUACAAAGGAGCUGCUAUGUGCAACUAUGCCAGUGUUACUUUACACCAGUUUGAUAAAUGACCCCCUAGGUCCUUGAUAUGGCAUCUGAUCGAGCACACCACAUUCUUUUUUUACACAAAAGUCAACAAAAAUAAAACCCUCCAUAUGUCUCUGUAUAAAACUGGAAGUGUGGGAAGGUACACUCUAGAGCAGUGAUGGCGAACCUAUGGGACGGGUGCCAGAGGCGGCACUCAGAGCCCUCUCUGUGGGCACCCACACCCUGGGAAAGUCUAUGGUGUUCCAAUAUGCCUUAGGCCUCCUGCACACA